AUGCCAGAAGCCAUCGAGGAGGACAUCCUGGCUAGCCUGGACGGGACCAUCGAGCUCAAUCGAGCUGCACGGACACUGCUCUCUUGGCCAUUCCUUUCGAUCCUGGCCUCUCAGCGGCCUCGCCAUCAGCCUUCAACACAGAUUCGACGAGCAGGGCCAUGUCAGCGUCUUCCCAACUAUCCCCGUCGAUCCAUAUCUCUCAACGUUCUUCCCGUGAACAUUCACGACAGAUUCCACCAGCAGCGUGUCAUGUUUGAUCUGUAUGAAGCUAUCGAGCUCCAUCAAGCUGCACUGAAGCAAAUUAGCUUUCGUCUGCGUAUAACUUGGGAUUAUGUUGUCUCCCGUAUCCGCAUGUUGCCUGCCUUUUCUGUUCCCUCCACUGUUCUCCGACCUCCAGAAAGCGGGCGAAGAUGGUCCAGUCAUCAUUAUCGAUACAACGGGUACAGCUGCGACGAAUUGGUUACUCUUCAUACUCUCGAACCUGUUCACGUCGUGCUUGAUGUUUCACAGAUGGAGGCCUCCAAAUGGUCCUCCCUUCACAGCUCAUGCCGGCUCAUCUGA